AUGCAGCGCUGUUUCCGUGACCUCUUCCGCUUCGAGAUCUCCAAGGAGGUCCUUUUGACCCCCUUGGCACGACGCUUGGCCACGGCUUGGCCCGCCUUGUCGAAACACGGCCAACAUUUGCAGCUCUACUUUGUAGUGCGACACCCCUUGGAUUUCACCAGCUCUUUGCUGGAGCAUUUGGGUUUGGACACAAAUGUGUCAUUCGAGGAUCAGCACUUCUUUUGGGCUCCAGGGCAUUUUCCAAGGCACUUCACUCCGGGAAAGCAACGCUACUUGGACCAUUCAGCCCUGGGGCUCAGAUUUUCGGGCUACCUGGAUGCGAGCAUCCAACGCUGGGCCCUGGUAGUGGACGAGUACCUUCAGUGCCCACAGGACUUUGCGUUGGUGCGUUAUGAGGACUUUUUGGCUGAUCCAGUCUUUGCCACGCACCAAUUAGCCAAAGCACUGGGACUGGCUCCAGAUGCUGGAGCAGAGGAUCGGGUGAGGGAAGCUGCACAGGUGCAGUACCAGACCAAGCGAAGGUCAUCCUCCCAACCGGUGGAAGAGAUCUUCGAGCCGAGAAUGCUUGCAAGGCUGAUUGAGGCUGUCCGUACUCGAUUCGAGCUUUUUGGAUACCACGCGCCGCAGAAUUUGCAGGCUGUUCCUGCAGACUGGCCAGCCAUCGAUCUACCACCUCUUGUGGGCGGAGCUUGCGACAAAAAGACACCCGAGCUUGUGAAGGUGAUCGUACACGUCGUACACUUUACUUAG